AUGUCUCGGCAAUCUGUCUGCAGAAGCUUUGGAGGAGGGAGUAGAAGGGGCUACAGCUCUUGCUCUGCCAUCGGUGGUGGCUUUGGAGGAGGUGGCGGCAGAAGCAGGAGCAGCUACAGCUCGUUCUCUGUGUCCAGGGGAUUUGGAGGUGGAGGACGUUGUGGAGGGUUUAGCAGCAAGAGUCUCCAUAACAUAGGUGGCAGUGGAAGGAUUUCCAUGGGUGGAUGUUAUGGUGGUGGAGGAUACGGAGGCAGAAUGGGUGGCUUUGGUGGAGGCUAUGGAGGAGGACUAAGCAGCUUUGGAGGAGGAAUGGGUGGAGGAGGAAUGGGUGGCUUUGGAGGAAUGGGUGGUGGUGGAGGAAUGGGUGGCUUUGGUGGAGGAAUGGGUGGUUACAGUGGAGGAAUGGGUGGUGGAGGAAUGGGCGGCUUUGGUGGACCAGGCUUUGGCAUGGCAGGCUUUGGUGGCCCCGGUAGAGGUGGCCCUGGAAUCCAGCCAGUGCAGGUUGACUCAACCCUCCUACAGCCAGUCCAUGUAGAGAUUGAUCCCCAAAUCCAGCAAGUGAAAAACCAGGAGAAGGAGCAGAUCAAGACUCUUAACAAUCAAUUUGCCUCUUUCAUUGAUAAGGUCCGCUUCCUGGAGCAACAGAACAAAGUCCUCUCCACCAAGUGGGAGCUCCUCCAACAACAAGGGCCUACAGGGCCAAGGAAGAAUCUUGAUGCCCUCUUUGAAAAUUACAUCCAGAACCUGAGGAGGCAGCUGGACUCAAUCUUGUCACAGAGGGGACAGCUGGAGUCGGAGCUGCAGAACAUGCAGCAGUACGUGGAGGAUUACAAAACCAAGUAUGAGGAAGAGAUCAACAGGCGCACAACUGCUGAGAAUGAGUUUGUGGUACUUAAGAAGGAUGUGGACUGUGCCUACAUGACUAAAGUAGAGUUGGAAGCCAAGGUGGGAGCUCUGACUGAUGAAAUCAACUUCCUGAGGUGCAUCUACGAGGAGGAACUGGCUCAGAUGCAGACAAUCAGCCGGGACCUGUCGGUGGUGGUGUCCAUGGACAACAACCGUCACCUGGAUCUGGACAGCAUCAUUGAGGAGGUCAGACGUCAGUAUGAGCAGAUUGCUCAGAGCAGCAGAGCUGAAGCUGAGGCUUGGUACCAGAGCCAGUACGAACAGCUGCAGAGCACUGCUGGAAGGCAUGGGGACAGCCUACGCAACACCAAGAUUGAGAUCCAAGAGUUGACCAGGAACGUCCAGAGGCUGCGGGCUGAGAUUGAGAACGUGAAGAAGCAGGUAGGACAGCUGCAGGCAGCUAUUGCUGAGGCUGAGGAGCGGGGUGAGAUGGCCCUCAAGGAUGCUAGGAUAAAACUGGAAGAGCUGGAAUGUGCCCUGCAGAAAGACAAGGAGGAGCUGGCUCGCUUGCUGAAGGGGUAACAGGAGCUUCUGAACAUCAAGAUUGCCCUGGAUGUUGAGAUUGCCAUGUACAGGAAGCUUCUGGAAGGAGAGGAGAACAGGUAA